CUCGUUAAAGUCUCGCUUCGCCACUGUCUUCAUUGACACUUUCGCCUCGUGAGGGAAGUGGAAUCGAAAUUCUUGUGCUAUUUCUUAUCUCUACUCCGCCUUGUGUUCCCUUGACGUAGCCUGACGUAAAGCGCACACCAUCCUGUACCAUGUCUCACAGCGGCCGAAACAACUCGCCGGAAGAAGAUUGGCACACCCUCAUUGCCUGGACUAGUGAACCGUAUUGUCCCUUCUUCCAAGGCAAUGCCGGGUUUACUGGAAUACAAGACGGCAACCUUGCUGCAAGCUACAACCUACCAGAACAAUCCUACCCGCGGUCAGCACCAUUGCCUAUUGUCGAGGCGCUUCCUUCGUUCGACUACACCAUCUCCGCACCGGCUUCGAUCAUUGGAGGCUCUUCUUCUUCGGAACAGGUAUUCUAUACCUCGCCGUCGUUUGAUACAACGACUUCAUCGUUCGGAGAUCGUUAUUCUGGAUCUUUUGACGCGUGUAAUAAUGGCCUCUCAUCUCCGGGACGGACUAUCGACUGGCCUAUACUGGAUACGAGUUGCAAGCGGAUUACGGACAGCUUUGCAUCGACCCAGCCUCUCCAGACAGUAACGGAGACUGCCUUGAAACCGUAUAUUGUCUUCAGUGGCUUGGACGUCUCGGCUUCUCAAGCUUUUACAAACGGUGGGACAUGGGCAGAUCAACCUCAGGUGAUCGAACCCAAUGAAGAACACGACAAAUAUCGGGCGGGUGUGGCUCCAAUACCAAUACCGCAAUCGUACCCGCAAAGUUUCAACGACAUGGCUAUGCAAGCCCCACGUUCUGUAGAACCACAGCAGAUCCGUAGUAGGGCAAUCACGAUCCCUCGGUCACACCGCCGGCCCGCUGCCUACAAUUCGGGUGUCUCACACUCCCAGAGAGUACCAUCUACACUCUCUUUAUCUCCAGUUACUCAUCGACGGCCUCGUAGCGUGGCUCUGUCCAGGAGUAGUUCGCAAGUUGAAUCACAAAACAGAACAAUCACAUCAUCGCCAACGUCACUCGAGGAAGGACUCCCAAGUCGAAUAGCAAGAGGGCGCAAGACAUGCCUCACAGUUGAACAACGGAGUCACGCAGCAUUGAUGCGGGUCAUCGGCUCGUGUUCAAACUGCAAAAGGCGCAAAGGGAAAUGCGAUCCAGGAACGCCAUGCAAAUCGUGUGUUGAACACUACAAGGGGGAUCUUGUGAAUACUCCAUGCCGCGAUCGUAUCCUUAGUGAUUUGUCGAGCGCCUUCCUGUCUGAUAGACUGGGAUGGCAUCCUACAAUGCGGUCUCCCAAUUUAUUCGUUGCGUCCAGCAGUUUUACUACCUCCGUUGAUGCCGAGUACACAAUCCCGCUGAGUUUCGGCUUCGGACCUGCAUUUCCAGUCACAGUCCAUGCCCUCCACAUCGAGGGUUACCCAACUUUAAUUCACACGCACGUUGUAUAUUCCUGGCCACCAGAGCCAUCUAGUGGAUGUACGCAUGAAGAUUUUGUGCUUCCAGCUGUCUUGACUCCAGAUGCUGCUUCCUGCCUUUCGCAGUCUCUCGACAUGCAUCUCGCGCUCCUCGUCACUCGUCACUUUCGUGCCUUCCCACUUUACUGCUCACAGCUGCAAAUUCUCCGCGAAGUUUACAUCUUCUCUCAAUCAGCGUACUCCCGUAUUCUUCUGCAAGCGCUUAAGCUCCUCGUCCUCGUACACAUAGGUGGUGACAUCACGCUCCCCGCACCGUCCCAGAGCCCAAACUUAGCUCGCCUAAUGAGUCACACGAUGAACUACUCCGGAGCAGAAGAUGAAAACAUAGGACCCGCACCGUGUUUCAUCCGCUCCCAGUUUGGCGCCGUCAUGCCCGGUCUCGCAUUGAUGUACAUGAAAGACGUCCUUUCGUCUCUCGAGCAACUUCUUCUCAACCGCGAGCCCGACGACUGGCCAGUCGCUCUCGCCGUGCUGAUCACCGUGCUCAUGACCGUCGAAUCGAUCCACUACCACGCCGCGAAGAUGCCGUACCACUCCCACUACGGCUCAGCGCGCUCCUCGGACCUGGAAGAAGACCAGGAAACGGAUGACGAUGGCGUCAGGACUCUACUUGACUUUUACAGCGCGUGCUUCUCCGGCUGCCAUGCUAGGCUGAGACCAGAUUGGGAGGGAGAGGCACAGCGUGCAAACCGUGCUGAUGAUGUGUUUGUGGAGAGUGUGAGAGAAGUGGUGCGCAGAGCGAGUACUGCUGGAUAUUUGGCUGGGAAAGCUGAGGAGAAGAGGCAGGGUGAUGAUAUGGGAUUUUUCUUCGACAGGUUGGUUGCACGCUUGCUAAUUUUGAGGCUUUGAUGGUUGUUUUGAUUUGACCUUUGAUUUGGCGUUGGGUUUGGGUUAAGAAUGUUCGUGAGUAACUUUCCUUACACGCGAGACGACGAAACGGCCAUUUCACGAUUAACGAUAGCGUGGCGCAUGUCUGGAUUUUUCUAGGUGCUUAUGUUGGCUUUUUGCUGAGGCUUACGAUAUAUAAAGUGCAUGGCGCGUACAUGAUGUAGAGUGAGCGCCAUGAGCAAGUUUAUGUACCACGGGUCCUAAUAACCUUGAAUUUUCG